GUACUUUUUCUUUUUUUUUUCAGAAAUUUAAUAAUUGAGUUUUCUCCACAAUUUUGGUUUUCCCACUGUUGCGCUUAAGCGACCGCACUUUCAUAUCACACCGAGUUGUAUAAGCGUUGAAAAAUUGAUCGACAUUGACAAAUCCAAGAUCAUAUUUUGUCACUAUUUUAACAGUCAUACCUGAAUAUAUUUAAAAUAAUUUUAUUUCUGUAGAGCUUUUGUUUUCCCUUUGAUUUAUUGCAACAUAUUCGUGUAAAGUAGAAGGAUAUCAAAUCUUGAUUGCAUUGUUUAUAUUAAGAAAAUUUUAUUUUUGUAAUAAUGGCGGCCUAUUUGAAUCGCACUAUUUCGAUGGUGACUGGAAAUGGCGCCAAUGCUAACGCGGGCGCAACGUCUUCUAAUUUUAACCCGAAUGCCUCGAUGGUGGAAAAUCGUACUAUGCAAAACGCUCUUGCUGAUAAAUCACCUUUACAGGUAUUUGUAAGGGCUAAGAAAAAGAUCAAUGACAUUUAUGGUGAAAUUGAGGAGUAUGUUAUUGAAACCACACAGUUUAUUAAUGCACUACAUGCAGAAGCCGAAAUUGUGGACAAAGCCGAACGAGAGCUAUUUGAAAGUUAUGUACAUAAAGUGGCGGCUAUACGUGAGGUUCUCACUAGGGAUCACAUGAAGGUGGCUUUCUUUGGGCGCACAUCCAAUGGCAAGAGUUCUGUAAUUAAUGCUAUGCUGCGUGAGAAAAUUCUCCCUAGUGGUAUUGGACACACAACCAACUGUUUUUGCCAAGUAGAAGGCAGUGAUGGUCAAGAAGCAUAUUUGAUGAAAGAAGGUUCAGAUGAAAAACUCAACGUGGUGAGCAUCAAGCAACUGGCAAACGCGCUAUGCCAGGAGAAGCUUAGUGAAAGUUCAUUAGUUCGCAUAUUUUGGCCAAGAGAGCGUUGCAGUUUAUUGCGUGAUGAUGUUGUCUUUGUUGACUCUCCUGGCGUUGAUGUGUCUGCUAACUUGGAUGACUGGAUUGAUAAUCAUUGCAUCAAUGCCGAUGUAUUUGUUCUCGUGUUGAACGCAGAAUCAACUAUGACUCGUGCAGAGAAACAAUUCUUUCAUACUGUCUCACAAAAACUUUCUAAACCAAAUAUUUUUAUACUAAACAAUCGGUGGGAUGCAUCUGCCAAUGAACCUGAAUUUCAAGACUCGGAUUUGGAAAAGGUAAAAUCACAGCACACAGAGCGUUGUAUUGACUUUUUGACAAGGGAGUUGAAAGUAAGCAAUGAAAAAGAAGCAGCUGAACGUGUGUUUUUUGUAUCGGCACGUGAAACACUUCAGGCUCGUCUCGAAGAAGCAAAAGGGAAUCCCCCACAUUUGGGUGCAAUAGCGGAGGGUUUCCAGGUGCGUUAUUUCGAGUUUCAGGACUUUGAGCGGAAAUUCGAGGAAUGCAUAUCUCAGAGUGCCGUUAAAACUAAGUUUGAGCAGCACAGCUCACGCGGCAAAAGCCUCUCCGCUGAUAUGUGUUCAAUGUUAGAUAACAUAUUUGAACGUACUACUAUAUUCCGGAAUCUUAAAAUUGACCAAAAAAACUUACUUACCGAGCGUAUUCAAGGAACAGAGACCCAAAUGAUGCAAGUGACCAGAGAUAUGAAACUUAAAAUUCACAAUAUGGUGGAGGAAGUGGAACAGAAAGUAUCCAAAGCACUAAAUGAAGAAAUCUGGCGCUUAGGUGUACUGAUAGAUGAGUUUAAUAUGCCUUUCCAUCCGGAGCCAUUGGUAUUGAAUAUCUAUAAGAAGGAGCUCAACUCGCAUGUGGAAUCAGGUUUAGGCUCCAAUUUGCGAGCCAGACUUUCAAUGGCCUUAGCUAUGAAUGUAGAGGCGGCACAAAGAGAAAUGACGGAUCGCAUGUACACUUUAGUACCCAACGAAAAGGUCGUGGUGCAAACAAAAAUUGCUACACGAUCGCAGCCAUUUGAAAUGCUAUAUUCGCUCAAUUGUCAGAAUUUGUGUGCUGACUUUCAGGAAGAUCUCGAGUUUAAGUUUUCAUGGGGUAUUACUGCUAUGAUUCAACGUUUCACUGGUAAAGUGAGAGAGCGCAAUAAAAAGGGACCGCCAGCUUUGUUAAACAGACCGAAUAGUGUUGGG